AUGUCUGCAGCCACAGCCCACCAUAACCUUCAUCACUAUCCCGCCAAUCUUGUUGCUUCUAUGGAUUCAUCCUCGGCUGCUGCUGCUUCUGCUACAGGUAUUAUUAGUGAUGGUCAUAACAUUAUUUGUGUGGAUCCAUCGUCGUCAUCAUCAUCAUCAGCAACCUACUAUGAUCCUGCUGCUACACACAUUCAACAUCAUCAUGAUGAACAAGCCUACUCUCAUACCACUACAACAAAUAAUCAACUUGAAGAAGCAACAUCAGUAUCUAAAGGAGAAAUAGCCUUUAUAAUAUUACAAUAUUUAAGAGAUUCCAACUUUACAGAAACAUUUAAAGCCUUUCAAAAAGAAUCUCAAGAAUUAUUGCAAGAUUUUGAUACAAAUUCAUCAAUGAAAGGACUUGAAAGUAUUCUAACAGAAUAUAUAACACUAUCUAAUUUACAACAUCAGAACAAUUAUAAAAAGAUACUAGUUCAAUCCAUUUGUAAAGAUGUUAAGAAACAACAAGUAGUUUCACAUCUUUUAAAUACAAUGUCAACUCUAUUAGAAACUAUUUCAAAUGAUCAUUUCAUUCCACAAUUAUUUCCUUCUUCUUCCACUACUUCAACUAAUAAUUCUACUAAUAAUACACCUUCAUCAUCUACUUGCAACUAUCAUCAUCAAUGUAAUGUUCAGCACCAUACUAAUCCAAAUAUCAAUAAUAAUGGUAAUACUCCAACAAUAUCACCUGCUGCUACAUCUACAACUCAACCAACAAGUGCUUUAACACCAUCUAGUUUAUCAAGAGAUAGUCAUUCAAGUACUAAUAAUUCAACAACGAAUGUAGUAGCACAAAAGAAGAAGAGAGCAUCUAGAAGAAAGUCAACUAAAGUAGUGAUAUCAUCAUCUACAAGUAGUGCACCACCAAUUGUUUCAAGUAUAAUUCCAACAAUAAGUAAUUCAAAUAGUUCAGUAAUACCAUCCUCAUCAAAUAUAACACUUCCACUUUCUCAAUACCCUCCACCACCAAUAUUUGUUAGUGGUCAAAUGCCUUAUAUGCAUGCUUUCCCACAAACAAUGUACUCUAAUCCAUCUCAAAAUCAAACUACUACUACUUCUAUUCCAUCAAUUUCUCAAACAACUUGUAAUACUACUUCUAUUCAAAAGAAUUCCACUACUACUGCCACUACUACUUCAACUUGUACAACUAAUAAUACUACUACUACUACUACUAAUAUGCAUCAUACUAAUGAAGAGGUUGAAGAAGAACAUGAUCAACAUGUAGAUGAAAUAUUAAAUGAUGGUGAUGAUGAUAUUAUUGAAGUGACACCACCUUCAACACCUCCAAAGAAAUUGAAUCAAUCUAUUAAUCUCUUAAAUACAGGAUAUUGUAGUUCUACUAAUGAUGUGAAUAAUUUUACAUCAUCAGCAGAUGAUUUCUUUGGAUCACCAAGUUCAUUCUUUCUAUUUUCACCACCCCAUAGUAAUCAUCAAAAUAUGAAUAGUGUAAUUAAUUCUGUUACAACAGGUAAAAGAAAACGAGUAGAAACAGAAGAUAGUUUAUGUAUAAAUUUAUUUGAGUCAUCAACAUCAUCGAAUGAUGUGGAAUCAUUCCUAUCAAAACUCAAAUAUGAUUGA